CCUCGUCCUCCCUCCCUCGCUGCGAGCAUCUCCGCGCUCAGCCUGGAGGUGAUACAGGCGCAGCAGCAUCCAUGGCCUGCCCCUAGCCCGCCGCUCCUUCCUCCUCACCCUCCUCACCCUCCUCAUCCUCCUCCCCGCGCCGGGCCGGGCGCUGCUGAGCGGGACCCGCACUCUCCUGCGUUUUUCCAGGCUCCUCGGAAAGUGAGGAAUGCAAUUCUGCCACCAUGAUGGAAGGACUGAAGAAGCGCACCAGGAAGGCCUUUGGCAUACGCAGGAAAGAGAAGGACACUGACUCCACAGGGUCACCAGACAGGGAUGGCAUCAAGAAAACCAACGGAGCCCCAAAUGGAUUUUAUGCAGAGAUCGACUGGGACAGAUAUAACUCCCCUGAGCUGGAUGAGGAGGGAUACAGCAUCCGACCCGAGGAACCAGGAUCUACCAAAGGAAAGCACUUCUACUCCUCCAGCGAGUCGGAGGAGGAGGAGGAGGCGCACAAGAAAUUCAACAUCAAGAUCAAGCCCCUGCAGGCCAAGGAUGUCCUGCGCAGCGCCGCCACCGUGGACGAGCUCAAGGCCUCCAUCGGCAACAUUGCACUUUCUCCAUCCCCCGUGAGGAAAAGUCCGCGGCGCAGCCCGGGGACGAUCAAAAGGAAUUUAUCCAGUGAGGAGAUCACGCGGCCCCGGCGCUCCACGCCCACGCCAGACCCCGCCAGCAAGAAGGCCGGGGAGGACCCUGCGGCACUGGCCCCGCUCUUCGGGCCCCCGCUGGAGUCGGCCUUUGAGGAGGCCAAGCUGGAGGCUGCUCUGGACCAGCCUGAGAUAUGGGGGUCAGUCCAGCCCAUCAACACAAACGUAGAGUCCCCAAAACUUCCAAGACCUUUUCCAACUGGAACCCCUCCGCCGCUCCCCCCGAAGAACAUCCCGGCCACGCCGCCGCGCACCGGCUCCCCCCUGCCCCCGGCCAUCGGAGGGGACCAGGCAGCAGCCGCAGAGCCCAAACGGGACAAACUCCCGUCCAUCAAUGACUUGGACAGCAUUUUUGGCCCCGUGCCGUCCCCCAAAUCUGCCGCUGCCACGGCGGAAGACAAGUGGGUCAAUUUUUCCGAUCAAUCCCCGGAGAACGCGCCUCCGGAGCUGUCGCCCCGGGACAAGGCGGCGUCCCCGGCGGGCAGCCCGGCCAGCGCCCCGGCCGAGCCUCCCCGCCCGCUGCCCUCGCCGCUGCAGCUGGAAGACGCUCCCAAGAAGCUCCCCGAGCAGCCCCACGUUAAGGACGAUUCCGCCGAGCCCGUCGCCUCUCCCAAAGAUUUUGGGGCGGGCCAGAGAGGGACCCCGCCGCCCCCUCCGCCGCCCACGUACCGCGCCGUGGUGUCGUCGCCCGGACCGGGCGCCAGCACGGGAAGCGCCAGCGGUUCCUCGUCCCCGGCCCGGCCCGGCACGCCGCUGGCCCCGUGUGGCACUCCCCCGCCGCCGCCGCCCCGGCCCCCGUCCCGGCCCAAGCUGCCCCCGGGCAAGCCCCCCGUCAGCGAUGUGUCCAGGCCUUUUAGCCCUCCCAUCCACUCCUCCAGCCCUCCUCCGAUAGCACCUUUAGCCCGUGCUGAAAGUACUUCUUCCAUUUCUUCCACCAAUUCCCUGAGCGCAGCCACCACUCCCACCGUUGAGAAUGAACAGCCUUCCCUCGUUUGGUUUGACAGAGGAAAGUUUUAUUUGACUUUCGAAGGCUCGUCCCGGGGCCCCAGCCCCCUGACCAUGGGGGCACAGGACACCCUGCCCGUGGCCGCCGCCUUCACCGAAACCGUCAACGCGUACUUCAAAGGGGCUGACCCCAACAAGUGCAUCGUGAAGAUCACGGGGGAGAUGGUGCUGUCCUUCCCGGCGGGCAUCACCCGACACUUUGCCAACAACCCCGCCCCGGCCGUGCUCACCUUCCGCGUGCUCAACUUCAACCGGCUGGAGCACGUCCUGCCAAACCCCCAGCUGCUCUGCUGUGACAGCGUGCAGAGUGACUCCAACUCCAAGGAGUUCUGGGUCAACAUGCCAAAUCUGAUGACUCACCUAAAGAAGGUAUCGGAACAGAAACCUCAAGCCACCUAUUACAAUGUGGAUAUGCUCAAAUACCAGGUGUCUGCCCAGGGUAUUCAGUCUACUCCAUUAAACCUUGCAGUGAGCUGGCGGUGUGACCCUGCAAGCACUGACCUGCGCAUCGACUACAAAUACAAUACAGAGGCAAUGACCACGCCUGUAGCUCUAAACAACGUCCAGUUCCUCGUCCCCGUCGACGGAGGAGUAACCAAACUGCAAGCUGUGCUUCCUCCUGCUGUCUGGAAUGCUGAACAGCAAAGGAUAUUGUGGAAGAUCCCUGAUAUCUCCCAGAAGUCAGAAAAUGGAGGUGUGGGGUCGCUGCUGGCGCGGUUCCAGCUGUCCGAGGGGCCGAGCUCGCCCGCCCCGCUGGCCGUGCAGUUCACCAGCGAGGGCAGCACCCUGUCCAGCUGCGACAUCGAGCUGGUGGGCGCCGGCUACCGCUUCUCCCUCAUCAAGAAGAGGUUUGCGGCAGGUAAAUAUUUGGCGGAUAACUGAUGGAAGCUUAUGCAAGUCCAUGGAAAAUACUAUGGAAAAUACCCAAGGACUGCUGUGCGUGGAACGGGUUUUAAUUACAGUUUAAGGAUAAAUGAACUGAAUCCUGCACUCGGGACAUUUCUGUUGGAAGUGUCGACAACUUUCAGCAUUUUUUUUCCUUGGAAAACACCGUCUUGACCAGUCCUCCAGUAUUUACUUCUAGAUGUAACAUUGUUAAUGGUUUUAAAAUGUAAUUAUUGUAUUUGUAAAUUGUACUCAUUCCAGUAAGGCUGUAUUUUGGCAGUUAGACACUUGAGUUUUAGCAUUUUACCAUUCAUGAAAUGGAUGUAAUUUAAACUGUGGUAUAUAAAUCUAAUAGUAGUACUGUUGAAUGGCACAAUGCUUACAGAGGUAGAUUGCAUUUUGUCAAUAUAUACAAUUUAAAUACGAUACUGGUAGCUGUUAUGAAGGGGGUGCCUCAUCAAAAGAGAGUUCAGUAGGGCCCACAGACUGAUUUAAUUUUCCUUCAGUCCUUCGUACGUCUCACAGCAAUCAAUAAAAACCUUCAGGUUUAGCUGGUUUAACUGCAGAAAGAUAUUCUUGGAAAGGUGGAGGUUCCUAGGACAAUCUCCCAGGAAGGAAAUCUCACUUCUGCAAGGAGUAUUGACUCCCAAUUUCCAGCUCUGUGUUCUCUUACAGCUGCAGAUUCCCUGUUGGAAUCCCAGCAGCUCUUCCCAGCCCCGUGCCCAGGUAUUUUACAGGGAUACAGAUGAGGAAAGGAGCAGCAAAGAGGCUGGGUGGUCCCUCUGAGCUCCCAGCACUGGCACAAAAUGUCUCUGUUGGGAUCAAGGAUGUGUUUUCCGAGCUUCCUCCAGACAUUCAGUUGUGUUUUUACGUUGCUUUGCUGGCUUUUUUCUGCCUUUGCCCCCCAUUUUUGAAAGCUCUACGGGUUUAGAAAAUGCUUUAAAGGAUUGCAGCCGCACCUGCUUCUCUGUUUUAGCACUGAGGCAGGGAAAUGUGUAUGGAAAAACACUGGGAAAGGAUUCCCCAGGGAGCAGGAGCAGCGUGGGGGCUGUUGGGAGCAGCCAGGGCAGGAGCCCAGCUGGCCAGCACUGGGAGCAGCUGGGAAGAAGAGAAAUGGGAAAACACAUGGAAGUGCUGAACUGGAGAAUGGGGCACAAAACAUUAUCCCUCUGUGUUUUCCCCGUCCCGCUGUGUGAGUGCUGCUCAUUCCUGUGGAUCUCAGUCUCAUCCCACUCCUGGCAGCACGGUGAGAGCGUUGGUGGCAUGCAUGUGCUGCAGCCAGGCUUGUGAAACAGGAGAAUUUGGCAAUUUUGGGAACAAAAAUGAAGGAACCUGUGUGAAAUUAAACACAGAUGCACAGAGGAGCAUCCAUGAAUGGGGUGCUGGGACUUUGGGAAUGUGUAAGGCGACAAAAAGUGCUGGUUUUCCAGGUGUUGCCAGGGUUAGAGUGGUGAAUUUACACUGGAAAACAGCCUGGGCAUGUUGGAAGUGCUUGCUCAUGGAGCAGUUUGAUGAAGGAAAGCAGAGAUCUGUGCCCAUCGUGAGAGAAAAGAAGGAAAUGUGGGAAUAUUUCAGGUGUGAGGUGGCCCCCAGGCUGAGAUUUGGGGGGUGAGCUCUGUGUGAGUUGACAGAAGGCAGCAGCAGGAAAGGAAAAGCACAAUUUGCUCCUGCAGCUUCUCACAUCCUCACAGAUUUUGGGAGUGCACUCCCCAGUGUCCCACUCCGUGAAUGGUUUUCCCCCUGAACUGAAAUUUGUAUAAAGUGUGCAGCUCACCCCUUUCUGACACAGAAACAUAGGGGCAAACCCUAAGAAUCAGGUUUAUGGUGUGUACAAUUGCUCCAAACCCACCCUUCCAAAAGAGAUCUAUGGCAUAGACCUGAAAAAAAUGGAUUUAUAAUGUAAAUAUUACCAGAGCAUAGAGAUUUUACUUUAUAUUUCAUUUGAAAGACAAGGUGUUUACAUUAGCAUUGGGUUUUUGAGUGCUUUGAAACAGAAAAACCCAUAACCCAAAGCUCCCAAGCUCACCCUGUUUGAGCUGGUGAACAAGACAGAGGUCGGUCACUUUGUGGGGACGCAGCCCUCACGGCCUGGAGAGAGAGAUGGGAACAGCCUGGGACAUUUUGUCCUAUUUCUGGACAUGUGGGAUGUGCCAGCACUGCCAGCCCCACAGGGACACAGCUCCAGGCACUGGCAGGUGACACCAGCCCUGUGACACUGGGACCAAAAGCAGCGAUUUGGGACAGGUUUUUCCACGCUGCUCUUGCCAGUUUUUGGCACAGGGUUUGCUCAGAGUGCCCUGGCGUUUGUUGGGAGCUUGGUGAGAGCAGCUGGCUCCAGAGAGGGAGCUGUAGUGCUCAGGGCAUUCAAGCUCUGCAGGCUUCACCUCGGCUUUUAGGAAGGAAAAUCUGUGAAUGCAUGCACAGAGAGGCUUCAGCUCCAUUCCUCCCGUGGACAUCUCCCUUUACACUGUCCUCAGCAGCCUCUCCCAAAGGAAUUUUCCCCUGGGAAUUUGGCAGCCCACACCUGCAGAGUCAAGGUCCCACUGGCAGAGCAGGAGUUUUUCCCCAUGGAUACCUUCAGACUUGGAAUCUUACAUGGUAGAAGCAGGAACUCUUUUUUUACCACCUUUCUGCUGUUUGUUGCAAACAGUCACAAUUCUCAGCCAGCUCAUGGUGCUCCUCAAAGGAGACCUUGCAGAGCAGUUUCCUGCUUUAACAGUAUUCUCAAUAACUCUGAAAUCUCUCAAUAGUAGGAAAAAACACCAGAUACUGAGCUUUUCACUUGGUGUCUGCAUUUGUUCUUAAAUAUCACUGCCCUGUUUACAUCUUUUUGGUUUUGUCGUCAUUCAGUAUUCCAGUGAAAUUAAUUUGUCUUCACUCUGCUGUUUCAGGUUUUAUCUGUCAUUUUUUAAAACAUAAGUGGGAAAAACCUGCAAGUUUCCAUUGGAAUGCCCUCCCUUUUUAGCCAGGCAGAGCGGGGAUGGGAAGGGAAGGUACAGCCCCCCUGCCACCCUUCCUGUGCUGCUCUCUGAGAUCCCUCCAGCAGGAGCAUCCUAAAUAAAAAGGGUCACCACCUCUUUCUCCCAGCAGAAGCAUUUUUCAAUGGCUGGAGUGCACUGAAAAGGUGACAGAUUUUUAAUUUACCUAAGAGAGAGUCAAACAUUUUUUCCCUACCCUUUUGUGGUUUUUAUGUGAAAAUAUCUUGGUUAAAACCCCUAAUUUUGAAGCUAGUCAUGACCAAAAGAUGUAAUGUCAUCCUGUUGUACUUUCCAGGUUAGAAAUUACUGUCUCAAAGAUUUCAUUUCAUAGCCAGAAUUCUUCUGUUCCUCUUUUCCUCACGAUUUCUCAAGGAAAUGAAUCCGUGUAGAGCCAGGGAGGUUUUAUGAUAAUCAGGAUUAUUCCAGUCAGGAUUUUAACUCUUCUUUCACUGCAAGGCAAGGAAAAGAUUUGCAGGAACCUGCCCUGCUCCUGCCUGGCUUCCCUUGUCCCUUUGGGAGGGAUGAUGGUGCUGGCAGUGGUUCUUGGAACAUGAAUUGAUGGUGGGAUGCUCUUCAAAGGCCUGGGGACAAGCAGGAUGUGGUGGAACACACCAGAUCCCAGGGAGGCUUUGGGAAUGCCCUGUUCAUCCAUUAGAAAUCCAGGUUUUCUGGGACAGUGGGAAUGGCUGUGGGAACGUGCUGCCCCCAUGUUGGGUUCCUCAUCCAUGCAGGAAGGGGUUUCUCACUCCCAAACAUUGUAAGGUUGAUGAAAUCCCCUGGAUGCUUGGGUGACAUGAAACAAACAGAAAUGUGGCAUGGUCUGAGCCAGGAUUUGGGUUGGGAUGUGCCAGGAAGCUCCCAGGGCUGGCGGGAGGAGAGCCCAGGGUGUGGGACAGCCCCACUGUGACACCCCAGCAGUGAAUCAGAUAUCCCCAGGUAUCACCCUGGACCACUUAAUGAACUCCCUCGUGUAUAAAAUGUUUAUAAAUAUUUGUGGAUGAAGAUACACAGGUCUAUUUUUAAGAUUUAAGUUAAAUAAGUUAAUGAAUGGCUGGCCUUUUCUGCCUGAACGUGCAAUGAGAUAUAAUAUACCUUUAGUCUACGAUGGCCUAGGUACUGCUUAGUCUGUGAUGAAAACUUUGCUGCUUUCCUACUGUUCUCAGAGAAAAAAAAAACAAACAACCUAUAAAAGACGUACAGGUUUGUUGCACAGGGACUACUGCAGCGAAGCUUUGUAUUUGACCACUGGUAAUAUGAAUGUGUUGUAUUGACUUGUUGAAGAUAAUCAUGAAACAACAUAUUUUAAAUGUUACUUGCCUUAUAGAUUAGAGUACGACUAUGUGGAUAUCAUUUUUGUAAAUACUGUUUUUUAUAAAUGUCUCUCCUCCAUCCUCCCCGUCACCAAUUUCACCGACUCUCAAAUAUGCAAUUAUUUACCAUGCAGAGCGUUGUGACAAAGAAAUCCCCACGUCAGAACAAAGUUUAUUCAUCCUAUACAUAAGAACCACAUGAAAUACCCAACUGAGUUGCAAUUUAAAUGUGAUUAUUAUUAUUUUUUUCCUUGAAAAUAAACAAAAAAAGUAAAACA